GAUUUAUAUUUUGUACAUAUGAGUUGCACAUCUACAAAAGAUAUAAGUCGUGAUAAUAUACAUAUUUGAAAAGGGGAGGUUCAUCGUUCUUUUCGUUCAACGUGUUGUUGAAUGUGAAUCGUAGAACGGAAUCUAUUUGAAUCUAUAACGUAAAAUACUUUAACGUAAUUGUAAAAUGACUGAAACUCUUCAAUUAAGAGGUACUCUUCGGGGACACAAUGGAUGGGUUACCCAAAUUGCUACAAAUCCAAAAUAUCCGGAUAUGAUAUUGUCUUCUUCACGAGAUAAAACUUUGAUUGUGUGGAAAUUAACACGUGAUGAAGCUAAUUAUGGUAUUCCUCAAAAACGCUUGUAUGGUCAUUCUCAUUUUAUUAGUGAUGUAGUUCUAUCGUCUGAUGGUAAUUAUGCUCUGUCUGGUUCAUGGGACAAAACUCUUCGCCUUUGGGAUUUGGCUGCAGGUCGUACCACAAGAAGAUUUGAAGAUCAUACCAAGGAUGUCUUAAGUGUUGCCUUUUCUGUGGAUAACCGUCAAAUUGUCUCUGGUUCUCGAGAUAAAACAAUUAAAUUAUGGAAUACUCUAGCUGAAUGCAAGUAUACUAUUCAAGAUGAUGGGCACACAGACUGGGUCAGUUGUGUACGUUUUUCGCCAAACCAUUCAAAUCCCAUUAUUGUUUCUGCAGGUUGGGAUAAAUUAGUCAAGGUAUGGAAUUUAACAAACUGCAGAUUGAAAAUCAAUCAUUGUGGACAUACUGGAUAUCUUAAUACAGUUACUGUGUCACCUGAUGGUUCGCUUUGUGCUUCUGGUGGCAAGGAUUGUAAGGCUAUGUUAUGGGAUUUGAAUGAUGGAAAACAUCUCCAUACCUUGGAUCACAAUGAUAUUAUAACAGCUUUGUGCUUUAGUCCUAAUCGCUAUUGGCUCUGUGCUGCAUUUGGACCUUGGAUCAAGAUAUGGGAUCUUGAAACCAAAGAGAUGGUUGAAGAAUUAAAACCAGAGGUUGUAUCUGCAACAAGUAAAGCAGAACCACCUCAUUGUUUAUCUUUAGCAUGGUCUACUGAUGGACAAACACUCUUUGCUGGUUAUUCUGACAAUACUAUCCGUGUCUGGCAAGUUUCUGUGACUAGCCGUUAAAUGUUUUAAAUUAAAAUAAAAUAAGAAACGAA